AUGGCUGAAGCAAAGAGGCUUGAGAGACUUAAAGCAAUGAGAAGUUUACUAAAGAGUGAGAUGGAGAAAUCAGAAACUUUUUCAUUGGUUCUAAACAAGACCGGAUCCAAGCUUGAAGAGAUCAAUCACGAGUUGUCGUCUUUGGAAGCUGAUGUUAAAGUAGAGAAAUGGCGAUGUUCUCCUUUCUCUGAUCAUAUCCGUCACACCAUUGCCCCUAUAUCCGCUGUUUUGAGAGUCUUUUCUUCGGUUCAAGAACUCGAGAUCUCUCUCAUGUCCUCUGAUGAAGUCCUCGGUUAUGUUUUCGAAGUUAAACGCCUUGGAGAAGCGAUGAAGCUUCUCUCCAGUAGCUGUGUUCUUGCUCUUAAUUGGCUCGAAGAGACAAUCGAGUACCUUACCGAAAAGGGAAUGCCUGAAGAUCAUCCUUGCGGGUUGCGGUUCAAGACUUCCAUUGAACUUCUUCGGGAACUGCAAAUGACCGAGCCUCGUGCUUAUCUCAAAGGAGGGAUUCUUUACACAGCGCUGAAGAAUCUCAAAACAGAAUUCAAGAAGAUUCUCGAAGAGGAGCAGGUCUUGUCUGAAGACAACUUGAGAAACUUGCAGGCUAUCAUCAAGAGAUUACAUGCUCACACACAGUUGAAAAAGUAUGUACCUGUUUACAUCAAAGUCCGCACAAAGGUCAUUCAGAAACGGCUUGAGAUUGAUUAUCUUGAGAGAACAAUCACAGAAGCUGUUAAUGUACAUGAUAUAGAAGGCGAUAUAGACCAAUGGAGAUUGCAUAUGGAGAUAGCCGUGAAAGAGAUCUAUGAGGUUGAGAGUAAGCUCUGCUAUGACGUAUUUGAAGAUGUUGGAGAAGAUGUUCCCUUGCGUUGCUUUGGAAAAAUAGCUUCAAAUUCAGGAAUCUUGUCGCUUCUCAGAUUUGGAUCAAGAAUCAGCAAAUGCAAGAAAGAUCCACCAAAGCUGCUAAAGCUCUUAGAUUGUUUCUCUACAAUGGACAACAUCAGGAUAGAGUUUAACCAGCUAUUUCAAGGGGAACAAUGUUCAGAGAUACGCAGGGUUACACGGGAGCUCAUUAGCAAUCUCGUUAAAGGUGUCUGCGAGAUCUUCUGGGAGUUACCUUGCCAGGUGGAGCUACAAAGACCAAACUGUCCUCUGCUUGAGGCUGGUGUCCCAAGGCUUUAUCAAGAAGAGAUUCUCACAGGUCACAUCUACAACAUACUGAGAGAGAUUGCUUUGAACUUGGAUGCAUGGUCAAGUUCCAACAAAGACACCGCUAUUUCUUGCAUCUUUAUGAUGAACAACCACUCCCAUUUCUGCGGUUUGAGAGAGACUCAUCUCGGGGAAAUGAUGGGAGAGUCUUGGCUAAACGCACACGAGCAGUACAGAGACUAUUACGCCGCACUAUAUGUCAAAGAAAGCUGGGGAAACCUCUUGUCUCUACUCACCAACAAAGCUCAAACCACUUCAUCAUCAUCUGCUGUGAAAAGAAAACGAGCCCGUGAGUCGAUCAAACGAACAUUACAAGACUUUUCAAAAGGUUUUGAUGAGAUCUAUACAAAGCAAUCAAAUUGGGUAGUUGAGGAUGACAAGUUGAGAUGGAAGAUAUGUCAGGCAAUGGUAAGAACGGUUGUGCCAAGAUACAAGAGCUACCUACAGAGUUACAUAAUGCUUCUAGCCGAAGAAGAUCCUACGAGUGAUAGUAAUAAGCAUUUGUAUUAUACUCCAAAGGGUUUAGAGAUGAAGCUGACAACAAUGUUUCAAAGGAGAGAAGAAGAAACAGAGAAGAGAAACCAGUAUUCUAACUUUGUGAACAAAGUGAUGGAUGUGGGGAUUAAUCAGAAUUCUCACUCGACAUUAGAAGCUAUAUGA